AAACAUCAGCGAAACCGAUCGAUAGGUUGGGCACUUCGACCGAACAAGAAACUGGCCAAUAACGACUGAGACUUUAGAUUACGGAGGUAUUCUGUGACAUAUAUACGUGUCCAUGAUAACACGACGUAACAUUUGAAGGAAUACAGGACACUGAUGUAAGGAUCUGACGUGACUUCGCCGGACUUACAUGGAGGACGCCAUCUUGGGGCGAUAAACUACUGCAUGAUGUGACUGAAAGUUUGGAUACUGGAUUCCUACCCUCACAAAAUGGCAUUUAAAAACCGGAUACGUCUUUGGAUGUGUGUUUUUCUUUAUGCAGCAACGAUUACAGAAGUUGCAUAUUCCUGUAGCGUCCUGCCUCCACAGAAUGUGCAGGUGCUAGAGACAGACGUGCCAGGUCAUGUGAUAUUCAGCAUCAGUACCCCACCAACAGCCAAAUGGACAUUCACAGUACGUGAACCUGUCAGCAUCAACACCGAGUUGACGCCAUAUUUCAGCCUGAACAGCAACAACACCUUCACCACCUUAGCCAUCAACAAAACGCUGGACUUGGAGGCAAUAUACGAGAAAUGGGGUGAACAACUUGUGUUUGUCACGUUUUCCUUUCAAUGUACGGACAACGGUUCUCCAGUGGGGGGUACGUUGGAGAGGUUCGUUAUCGUCACACCAGUCAACGAGUUCGACCCGGAGUUCAUCAAUGCCCCAUUCACCAUCAACGUGACCGAGAACACUGCUCUGAACACCGUGGUUUUCAAGUUGAAGGACCACGCCCAUGACAGGGACGUCAACCCAAACCAAGAGGAGAUAUAUGGCUUCAAUAUCCACUCCUACUACAACCCAGAUUUAGAUGGGAGGUUUCACUUCACGAUCACCCAGACACAGACAGGAGAGAUCGGUGUCGCAAAAAAUAUUGACUUUGAAGCGAUGGCCAUCAAACACUACGUGCUGAACGUGUCCGUUCAGGACAUUGGUAAACGGGAAUCCCUAACAACUAUGACAGUCAACAUCAAUGAUGCUGACGACCAGGAUCCGGAGUUUUACAACGAGAAGUGCACACCGGGGACGUGUUACACCUCGUACACAGCCUACGUCACCGACAUGUUUGUGGGUCAGAUAGAGAACAUCUCCCCAAACAAGAUCAUGGCUCGAGACAGGGAUACACUCAACUACAGCAUAUCCUACCAGAUAAAGGGAACUAAUCCAUAUGGGUACGAUGACUACUUCAGCCAGAAUAACAAGACUGGCGACGUGAACAUAACCAAAUCCUUGUCGACUGUCGCUGCGACCGAAGCUCAGAUAGGCCUGUUUCUUGAGGCACAGGAGGUUUCUGACCAGCGACGGGCGACAACCACCACAUUCCAGGUGAACAUUCUGGGAAGAUCAACUUCCACAGUAAGUACUACAGCAAAGACUGGAGCUUCACGGGACGAAGACAACAACACUUUGACGGUCGUUCUUAUAGUGCUUGGGGUCAUCGUCUUCAUGAUGGCGGCGGCAUUCCUUGGCGUGGUUAUCUACAUCAAGAAACACAAGCGCCCAAUGAGUCCAUCGGUCUCCCCGUCCGUCAGCGAGAACAUCACGGACGUAGACGACUUAUCUAUGGACGGGAAGGAACAAUGGCCGAAGAUGACCACGGCCCAGCUGGAAGCACUGCCCAACACAGGAAGAGGGAACGCGUUACCUGCCUUAAAGGACAUGGGAACCGGAACCGGAACCGGAAGUGAGAAGAAGAAACGCAGAAGGAAGCGGAAGAAGGAGAGGGCGAGUGAGGAGUUUGAUGGAACACAGGAGUUCGAGGGCAGUGCAGAUGCGGAGUUCUUCUCAAAGAAGAAGACUCGUAUUAAGCAAUCUUCUCGCAGCAGGGAGAAGACCGACCCUAAAUACUGGAUAACAGUUGACAAUGACUACUAAUAAAUUCCCCAGAUGACGUCACCUGAACCACUCCAGGAAGGAUUGUAACAGUGAUAAUUUUAAUAAUAUAGUUGCAGGCAACGAAGAGGUCUCCUUGGCUUUACUUUCUAUCUAUUGUAUCUGAGGGCUAGAUAUCAUCGUCCAAAACGGAGCCAGAACACGUGUUUUGAAAGGCGAGCGGAUCUU